UUGGGCUAGAGGAAGACCCGAGGAUGAAGACUGUGAUUGUGGUGCAUGGUGGCGCGUGGGCCAUCCCGGAUGAGUUAGCCGAAGCAUCCGUGGCUGGAGUCAAGAAUGCUGUGCGGGCAGGAGAUACUGUUCUGAAGAAUGGGGGGAGUGCUCUUGAUGCUGUAGAAAAAGCUGUGAGGUCUUUGGAAGAUGACCCAACGUUUGAUGCAGGUCAUGGUGCAGUGCUGAAUAUUGAUGGAGAGGUGGAGCUGGACAGUAUCAUCAUGGAUGGGGAAACACUUGCCGCUGGAGCUGUGGCCUGUGUUAGAAACAUUGCUAAUCCUGUUAGUCUUGCUCGUGCUGUGAUGGAAAAGACAGAUCAUGUCAUGUUGACAGACAGAGGCGCGAGCAUGUUUGCAGAGCGCAUUGGUACUCCAGUAGCUCAUGAUUUGGUGACUGAGCCAGAACGUAAAGAGUGGGAACACAGCAAAAGCUAUCAAGCCGGAGUCAAAAUGCUCUUCAACGCACAAUGGGGCCAUGAUACUGUUGGAGCGGUGGCUCUGGAUUCUUUCGGUAAUGUGGCAUGCGCUACAUCCACUGGAGGAAUCAGAAACAAAAUGGUGGGAAGAGUUGGAGAUUCUCCUAUUAUAGGAUCUGGUGGAUAUGCAGACAAUAGAAGUGGCGCGGUCUCCUGUACUGGUCAUGGAGAGUCUAUUCUCAAAGUCACCUUAGCCAGAUUAAUCCUCUUUCAUAUGGAGCAAGGGAAAUCCUCCACGGCGGCCGCCGCUGCCUCACUCCAGUACAUGUGUGAGAGAGUGAAGGGAUGUGGAGGUGCCAUUGUUCUGUCCUCCACCGGGGACUGGGCCGCCAGCUUCACCACACCACGCAUGGCUUGGGCCUCCAUGAAAGAGGACGUCCUGCACUAUGGGUUGAAUCCGAAAGAAGAGUUUACGGAGAUGCCGAAAUAAUAACGUGUUUUC